AUGAUCUGUGUAGCCCCAGCAGUGCCACCUGUCAGUGUCCAUCAGUGCCACCUGCCAGUGCCCAUCAGUGCCACAUCAAUGCCACAUUUCAGUGCCUACCAGUGCACAUCAAUACCACAUAUCAGUGCCCAUCUGAGCUGUCUUUCAGUGUCACCCAUCAGUGCCAGUCAGUGUCAUCUAUCAAUACCAGUCAGUGCCACCUAUCAGUGCUUCCAAUCAGGGCCACCUAUCAGUACCAGUCAGUGCCGCCUAUCAGUGCCAGUCAGUGCCACCUAUCAGUGGCCAGUCAGUGCCACCUAACAGUGCCAGUCAGUGCCGCC